UUUGGUGACCCCAUUUUGAGACUCCAUGAAUGAUGGUUGGGAACUAGACGUUACUAACUUACUUGUUUUAGAAGUUUUAGAAUUAGAUUAGCCUUAUUUUGGAAUUAUUUUGUACGAAAGACGUUUAUUUGCUGUUAUUGGAGUCAAUUUAUUUCGAAGGGCACAGAAAAUCACCACCUUUAUUAAAUGAGACAUACGAAUUCAUCGCUGUCUAGUUUUAGGGACUGCCAGCCUAAUGAAAUAGAGCUGGUAGGAGUAGUUGAUGAACUGAAGCCAGUGAAUGGACUCACUAACGCACAAAGGCCGGGACUAGAGACGUGGACAUGUGCUUGGUCGGAAGACAACUUGUACUUUGCUUGGUCCUGUGGAGAUAAAUUUGUCCGUCUUGUUCCGUGGGAUAAACCUAAUGGAAGACUUUGUAAAAGGGCCAGGCAGUAUUCAAAUGAUUCCACACAAGGAGAAAGAGUAAACAUCAUUAUAGAAGAUGUAGAGGAGGAAGAAGAAGGAGAUCAGGAGGAGAAUUCACAGCGACCCAUAUAUCUGCUGGACUGUAAGGAGCAUGUCUGGUCUGUAGCAUUUGGGGCAAGCCAGAGCCUACAGGACAACACCCAGUCAUGGAAAAGAUUGAAAAGCAACAGCUGUACUCUGCUGGCUACAGGGCUACAUUCGGGCAGGAUCAAGCUAUGGGACUGUAGCACAGGUAACCUGCUCAUAGAGCUUUUGGAUCACAAGGAUGUGGUUCGUGGAAUUAGCUUCGCUCAAGAUGGUAGUCUGUUGAUGGCGUCGGCAGCCCGGGAUGGUACGGUGAAGCUUUGGGACCUGAAGGAUGACGGCAACAUGUACUGUACCCUCAGAACAGGCGCCAAGUGGAACAAUAGCUGUAAAUGGUCUCACGACUGUAAAUAUUUGGCUGCAGUUGGAAGUAAUAAAAUGGCUGUGAUUUGGAAAAUGGAUGAAACCAAUAAAUCUAAGCAGCUGAGGGGUCACUUCCAUGACAUCCAGUCAUGUGACUUCUCUCCAGAUAGUGCUUUGUUUGCGACUGCUUGUUAUGAUACUCGGGUGAUCAUUUGGGAUCCAUAUACUGGCGAUAUGUUGUUGGAAUUAGGGCACCUGUACCCGCCACCUCGCCCUAUAUUCGCCGGUGGGGCCAAUGACCACUAUGUGCGCAGUGUGUCCUUCAGCAAGGAUGGAUUACACGUGUGUUCAGUGGCAGAUGAUGGGUACCUGCGUGUUUGGGAUCUGGAAGAUUCUUGUGACCCACAAUACAUUGCUGAACAUCAGAAUGCUUUAUGUUGUUCAUUCUCCCCCCAGGAUCAUCGAAUCUCAGUGGGAAAUCGAACGGGAGGAGUUGUCUUCUAUGCAAUGCCUCGAUGCGUUCCUGCUCUGCAACAGCUGUGUCGAGUGACCAUCAGAAAACAAGUUAUUUCAACCAAAGUAGAUCAUUUGCAUCUCCCCGUGCGGCUGAAGGAGUUCCUCAAGUAUCAUGAUCUGUGAUUUACGUGAGAUUUCCCAAAAACUUUAAUUUCACUCACACUGUAUUUGAUGAUACAUGUAUAUAAACCAAAUAUGGAAUUUUUCUUGAAUGCAUUUUGUGCUUGAAUCUGUAUGAAAUCCCUUCUACUUUGAGAGGGAAUUCUGUUUAUUUACCUUUUGUUACUGUUUGUUCUUGAACGGCAAGUCUUUCUUUAGUUAUGUGAUGGUUUUUUUACUUGCAUAUGUAUUUAUCAUUUGAAAAAUUUAGAUGCUAAAGACAUUUGACAAGAAAUAGUAAGGUUAUUUUGAUUAUGUUAACAAUUCAUAUUUGUUCACUUGUAAAUCAUAGUAUUUGGUGGAGGACAAAAUCUUCAGAAACUCAAAGGUUUACCUCAAAUUUAGAUCAUCUUGAGUGUUGUGUUCUUUGAAAAGAAUUUCAAUCCUCCUUUUCUUGUGUGCCUUAUUUGAUCCAUAUAUUAUAUGACUGUUCAUUUGUAUAAAUGUAUUUAUAAUGUUAUCAUGUUGAUUAAUAAAACACAGUGAUUGAUAGAAUCUAUUGUUAAACACUCAAGAUCAGUAAAAAUUGACAACCACAAAUAUGGAUGUAUUUACAAACAGCUUUGUUAUUCCCUUGUACUUUAUAUUUUGUCAAAAAAAAAGAAGAAGAAAGACUGGGUGGCAGGAAACAGAGAUAUAUCUACAGCUAUAUUAUAAAAUUUAAUACUCAUAUACGCUGUACAAAAAUAUAAACAUUAUCUUUUCCCCCUCUAUAAAGUAUGUAUAAAGCAACGAUGUACAUAUACACUUUUUCUGGGUUGUUGAUAUUUUCCAAUUGCAUAUGAAUCACGUCAAUAGUACAGUGGAGACAUUCCUUGGACUUAAAUUGUUAAAGAUUUUUUUCUUUAUGUUUUAGCAUGGAACAUUUCUGAUUCUGGAUUUCUAUACUGAUGACUUGUAUGUCAGGUUUAAGUUUCACAUGGACUACACUAACCUUUGUACAGCAAAAUUAUGGUUAUUGUGACUUUUCCUUCCAUAAAGCAUUAAAAGUAGUCAACUUCGGUCAAGGCAUCGUAUUGCAUUUAAACCUUGCUGUUUUAUUUCAAAUUACGGUAGAGGUUGUUAAGGUAAUUGUUUGCACAACUUGCUCAUUGAAGUGGCUAUAUUUACACACCAAUAUAUGUAUUAUUUGAUGAACUAAUAUAUUGUAUUUGAUGUAUCAAGUAUCUUAUUAGUGAGAUUUUGUCAGUUGUCAAUUUAAGUAUUUCACCCAUGCAUUUUAUCUUUAAAAAUUUUCCUUACCCUCUUCGACAUGCAUUAUAAUCAUAUGUUGGUUGAUACCAAAUUUUAGGCUCUUAAAUUCUUUGCUUUGUACAAAAAACCAAUUUUUCUGGAUACAAGAAAAUUCAUAAACUGUGCGAAAACUUAAAUCAGUCUUAUACCAAAACAAAUACCAGUCAUGAUAAAUCUAGCAAAAAAUAUAUGGCUGUAUCAAGCCACUUUAAUUGGCUAAACAUAUAUAUAUAUAUAGUUGACAUGUAUAUCAAACAAUCAAAUCCUAAGCAGUAUUCAAUGUUUAUAAUUAAAUUGCUAUGCAAAUAUUUCGAAAAUUGAUGAACUGAAAUAAUGCAAAAAGACUCCUUUUUAGACCAAGGGAAAACAGAAACAAUUACUUAUAGAAUUGUAAAAAAGUUAAAAAUUUUACAUUGUUGAUGAAAAUCAAUAUGAAAUUUCUAUUUUAAGUUUGUUGUAAAAAAGUAUUUUCAUUUAAAUCUUCAUUGGAAAACAGUAAAUUUUUAAGAUACAUAUAUAAAUAUCUGUUGACUCCCAAACAUUAAAUGAGUCAAGUAUUUAAAGCAUAAAUAUGUUUGCAAUGUACAAUGUACAUAGAAAAAAUCAUUAAGGUUCUUUAAAAUGGAAAUGUAAAUUUUUUUAACUAAGUCUAGUGAUAUUUUCUGUUCAAGUUAAGUUUUUGUUUUCAAGUCUACUUUAUACAAUAAAACCUGUAAACUUUUUGA